AUCUGAUCAGCUGAUGUUUGACACAUGGUCGACAACAUAACCUUUGAAUUGUGAUCUUUUAGGCCUCUUUUUUGAAAAUGUUAUCUAGUAAACUGUCUUGUCAAAAUAAAUCGUUUCACAAAAUCUUAUCAGAAACCAAAACAGGUUUGUUAGUAACUACGUAUAGAAAUUACGUACCAAAGGAAAGUGUUGCAUUUGGAAAUAUUGUGAAAGAAGUAACCAAAGCUAAGAAUCCCCAGUAUGUGCCUCUAAAGUACUUUCGUGAAGAUCUCCCUCAAAGUAGUCUCCAUCACUUAAGAUGGAUGAUGCAAAAAGACCUCCUAGGCCAAGAUAUAUUUCUACUAGGUCCUCCAGGUCCGAGAAAAAGACAUUUGGCCAUGCAGUAUUUGGAACUGACUAACCAAGAGCAUGAAUAUGUUGCUCUUAGUAGAGAUACUACAGAGUCCGAUUUGAAGCAGAGGAGAGAAAUAGUUCAGGGGACUGCUAAAUAUUUCGAUCAGAGUGCUGUAAGAGCAGCUAAAGAAGGUCGAGUUUUGAUUCUUGAAGGAAUAGAAAAAGCAGAACGAAAUGUGUUACCAGUACUGAAUAACCUUCUUGAAAAUAGAGAAAUGCACCUGGAAGAUGGAAGGUUGUUGAUCCCUGCAGCAAGAUACGACAAGUUAUUGAAAGCGCAUGGUGAGGAAGAACUGAAAAAAUGGAAGCUAGUCAGAGUUGACGAUAAUUUUAGAGUUAUUGCUCUGGGUUUACCUGUGCCAAAGUUAGUAUUUGUCGAACAAAACCCUCAUCUUACUCCCUAUGAAAUCAUCUACAGAUUAUAUCCUUAUAAAAUAUUCCUCAAAGAUGGCGUAACGAAUUUAGAAGACCUCCUCAACAAGUUGGAAGUUUCUCCUCAACAGCAGUCAACAGUCUCUUCUCUGACAGAAAAAAUAUUCAACUUCUUGAAAUCCAAGUCGGCUGAUGGUGGUAAUGGCUAUGUCGAAACGAAAUAUCAAAACGAACUUUUGCAAAACGUUUCACAAAGUCUCAACGUCGGAGAUGUCUGUAUUAUCGGUACAAGCGGUUGUGGAAAGACCAUGUUAAUCAAUAAGGUAGCUGAACUCUUAGGUAGAGAAGUGGAAAAUAUCGUUUUAUAUCAAGACAUGACCUCCAGAGAUUUAAUUCAACAGAGAACCACCCUUGACAACGGAGAUACCAUUUGGAAAUUUUCUCCUCUUGUUAGUGCAGCUAUAGAAGGAAAAAUAGCCGUGUUAGAUGGUAUCAACAGAAUCCACCCGAGCACCUUAACCGUUUUACAUAGGUUAGUUCACGACCGAGAACUCCAACUGCACGACGGUACAAGGCUGAUAGAUAGUGACCGCUAUAAUUUUCUACAGCAGCACUUCGGAUUGACCAAAGAACAACUUCACGAAAGUGGCGUUUUCGAAAUUCAUCCAGAUUUCAGGAUAGUUGCUAUAGGGGAACCCCCGAAUUUUCAAUCUGCUGGGGGCAACUGGAUGUCUCCGGAGGUAUUGAGUCUUUUCGUCUUCCACGAAAUGAGGACUCUGAGCAAACAAGAAGAACUGCAUAUAAUCACCACAAAGUUCGGUCAUAUCUCAAGACCAAUGCAGCAGAUCGUGGAGUUAGCGCACAUUCUUAGAGGCAGUCCGGAUCCAACAUUGAAAAAUCUCUCGGGCCACUUGUCCACGAGACAGUUAAUCCGCAUAGCGGCCAGAAUGAAGAGCUACCCGACCGACAACAUUUACGGCAUCCUUGAAGAAACGUUCAUGAUCAAAUUUCUACCGUCUCUGACCAGACAAGUCCUUGAGAAGACUUUGGAGAAAGUGAAAAUAACCCCGAGUGAAAACAACGACAAAAAUCCAGUCCAAUCUGAAAUCAAAGACGGUAUAUUGACGAUAGGCAGCAUCGCUGUUCCUGUGUACAAGACUAAAGAUUUAACCAAAGUCCCGGAUAUUUUGUUUUACGACGUUCCACAGCACUUGAAGUUGAUGGAAAAGUUGCUGCAGGAUUUUCAACUCGGGUACCAUCUGUUGCUGGUCGGCAAUCAAGGUGUGGGGAAGAACAAAAUCGCUGAUCGGUUUCUCGAGCUACUGAACAGACCAAGAGAAUACAUCCAGUUGCACAGGGAUACUACUGUGCAAACUUUGACGACGCAACCCACUGUGAAGGAUGGGUUACUGAUUCAUGAGGAUUCACCGCUUGUAAAGGCCAUCAAACACGGACACGUUUUGGUCAUCGACGAAGCCGACAAAGCCCCCACUCACGUGACGUGCAUAUUGAAAACCUUAGUCGAAUCCGGCGAGAUGAUUCUCAGCGACGGCAGGAGGAUCGUAAAGAAAAUUCCAGAAGGCCGAGAUCGUACCGGCUACAUCGAAACCCACCCCGAUUUCAGGAUCAUUGUCUUGGCCAAUCGACCGGGGUUCCCGUUUUUGGGCAACGACUUCUUCGGCGCUCUGGGCGACCUGUUUAGCAGUCACGCCGUUGAGAAUCCCUCCAGAGAGUCGGAGAUAGAGAUGCUGAAGCAGUAUGGUCCGAACGUGAGGGUGGAAAUCAUCCAGAAGUUGGUGGAUGUGUUUGGGGAGCUGAGAGCUUUAGCGGAUCAAGGGGUGGUGAACUACCCGUACUCAACGAGAGAGGUUGUCAAUGUAGUGAAGCAUUUGGAGAAAUUUCCUACGGCAGACUUGGAAGACGUUAUAUUCAACGUUUUUGAUUUUGAUCGAUAUAGCCCCGAAUCAAUCGAAACACUUGGAGAAGUUUUGGUGAAGCAUGGUUUUUCUAGCAAAAAUAUCAUCACAGCGGAGUAUAUCGCAGCCAAACGAGCCAAAGAAAAUAUUCAGGUCACAGUCAACAGAUACAGUGGGUUAGAUACUAAAGCGCCAAAACAUGGAAAGGAAGACCCAAAGAAUGAGCCUCAUGUUGGAGGUAACACUUGGGCUGGUGGAACUGGUGGCAGAGACACUGCUGGUCUUGGAGGAAAAGGAGGGCCGUAUCGUUUAGAUAAGGGCCACAAAGUGCACCAGCUAUCAGAUGAAGAAAAAAAUGCUGUUCCAGAGCACAUUCAACGGGCAGCGAGAGAGAUGGGUCGGAAGGCGUUUCAGGAGAGGUUGAAAGAAAUCGGGAUGAGUGGGUAUGAUCACUCGGUUUACUCUCAGUUUUCUGAUUCUGUAGCGAGACAAGUUCAAUCUUUGAGGGUUAUUUUGGGCAAUUUGCAGGCCAAGAACAAGGAGAGGCAGUGGUCCAGACAUCAGACUUCCGGAGAGUUAGACGAUGUUAAGCUCAUCGAUGGCUUGCUGGGAGAAAAAACAAUCUUUCGGCGAAGGGCAGAACAAGAACCGGAGCUGGGAACGCCACAGAUUAAACCGAAGUUAUUCAGGGUGGUAGUAGAUGUUUCCGGCAGCAUGUACAGGUUAGUGAUAUCGUUUGGAUUUGAAUUUUAA